UAUAAAUUAUAUGCGCGAUGCAGUUUGUACAGAGCUGUUGUGAUGUGCGGUUCAAAUUUCUUUUGAAAAGAUUUAUACGCCGCCGUUAAACGUAAUCUUAUUAAAUACUUGGAAUUUGGAAAAUGGAAGCAUUAACACAUGCAUAUAAAAUGGAGCGGCAAUUCCUUAUGAAAUUGUUAUUUGUAUUGGGUGCGACAGCAUUGGGUUACAGACAGGAUGAUGGAUUUGUGCAGAACGUGGAUGACAACGUUUACUCGUGGUAUAUUUUGGAUGUAACGCGAAUAUUGCAAAAUGCCGAAAAUAAUAUUGUUGUUUCACCAAGCAAUAUAAAAGCGCUACUAAAAACACCACCGAGCAUGAAUUUACGUUUCGGAGUCGAUGAAAUGAUGCUAGGACAAAACGUGUCAACGAAACGAUCAAUAAUCUCGGCUACGAACAGCUUAAGCGUAUCGAAUGGAUGAUGGUAGAACGGCGUGUGAAUGUAGUAA